AGCAUGAGAGAGAAAGAAGAGGAGGAGGAGGAGGAGGGGGCCAAGUGAGGGUUGAAGGCGCUGAGAAUGGAUGAGCAAUGAGAGACCGAGAGAGGAAGAGUGAGCGCAUGUAUUCUGAGAGUCAGCAGCGAAGACACAGAAAGUCUACGAGCUCACAUCACCAAGAGAGCGUGCGAGGCAGAGCUGACAACCGGCUACUCUGAAGAGUGACACACAGAGGGGGAAAAAGACACAGAGAGAGACAGAGAAGAAGAAAAAGAAGAAGAGGAGGAGGACGGAAGACAGACAAGCAGCCUUCCAGUGGUAACAGGAGACACCACUGAGGGACUGUAGCAUCGUCCCCCCCAGCAGCACAGAGGAGCACUGUCUCAUCUCGUGCUUGUGUUUGUGCCUGCCAACUUCAAUUUCACACUCGCCUACUGUUUUUCAUAGGUUUUGCCCUCUCCACUAACCAGUCAUGAUCCCUUGGGUCCUUCUGCUCCUGUGGAUCUCCGGACAUGGAGUGGAAGCCAUGUUUUCGCAGCAGCCACAGGACCUGGUGGUGGUUGCAGGCCAGCCUGUGACGUUACCGUGCACUAUCCCCGGAUACCACGGUGUUGUCCUGUGGAUCAAGGACGGCCUGGCACUGGGAGUGGGCAGAGAUCUCUCUGGCUAUCCUCGUUACACAGUGAUUGGCGACCACGGUUCAGGAGAGCAUCAUUUGCGAAUCCAGCGUGUCGAGCUGAUGGAUGAUGCCGUGUUUGAGUGCCAGGCCGUCCAGGCUGCCAUGAGGUCCCGUCCGGCCCGACUCACUGUGCUGGUUCCCCCAGAAGACCCCGUCAUCAGCGGAGGGCCAGUGGUGAGCCUGAGGGCCGGUGACCCUCUCAAUCUGACCUGCCACGCUGACAACGCCAAACCUGCAGCCUCCAUCAUCUGGAUCCGCAACGGAGAGGUCCUUAACGGGGCCAUGUACUCCAAGGUAAGCAUAGAGACCUUGCUGAGGGAUGGCAGGAGAGAAAGCACCGUGAGCACGCUCUACCUAUCGCCUUCCAACAUCGAGACGGGUCAGCAGAUCAUCUGCAAGGCCUCUAACAAGGCAGUCCCCAACGGCAAGGAGACCAGUGUCACAAUUGACAUUCAGCAUCUCCCACUUGUCAAUCUCUCCGUGGAGCCUCAGCCUGUUCUGGAGGGACACCCUGUGAAAUUCCACUGCUCUGCAAAGGCCAACCCUCCUGUCACACUCUACAGGUGGGCCAAAGGAGGAAGUAUAAUCAAGGAGGUUUCUGGAGACACGUAUGAGGUUAUUGUGGACCACUCCUUCUUUAUAGAGCCUGUUUCCUGUGAAGUUACAAACCCUCUUGGCAGCACCAACAUCAGCCGCAACGUUGACGUCUACUUUGGCCCUCGCAUGGCUGCAGAGCCUCAGUCCUUGCAGGUUGACCUUGGAUCCGACGCUGUCUUCAACUGUGCCUGGACAGGAAAUCCCUCUCUUACCAUCGUGUGGAUGAAAAGGGGCUCUGGAGUGGUUCUUAGCAACGAAAAUCUCCUGACGCUGAAAUCCGUGAGACAGGAGGACGCUGGGAAAUAUGUUUGUCGUGCCGUUGUCCCGCGUGUCGGAGCAGGGGAGAAGGAGGUUUCUCUUACUGUCAACGGGCCACCUACUAUCUCUAGUACACAGACUCAGCAAGCCUUGCAUGGAGAAAAAGGACAAAUCAAGUGUUUCAUUCGAAGUACACCUCCUCCAGACCGCAUUGCAUGGUCAUGGAAGGAAACAGUGCUGGAGUCUGGAACUUCUGGCCGCUACACCGUAGAAACUGUCAACACAGAAGAAGGAGUCAUCUCCACACUGACCAUGAGCAACAUUGUCCCAGCUGACUUCCAGACUAUCUACAACUGCACCGCCUGGAACAGCUUUGGCUCCGACACCGAGAUCAUACGCCUUAAGGAACAAGGUGGGAGCCAAGAAUCUCUCCCCGUGGCGGUGAUCAUCGGCAUUGCUGUGGGAGCUUUCGUGGCCCUCAUUGUCCUCAUGGGCACCAUCGGAGCGUUCUGUUGCACCCGUUCUCAGAGAAAGGAAGCGCACCUGGUUAUGCCCUCACUGCCCGUCUCCAUCUGUGCUCACCAGAGAGAACUUGCAAGCAAAAUUAAGACAGAAAAUCUGAAAGGAGUCGUGUCGGCAAAAAACGACAUUCGGGUGGAGAUUGUGCACAAAGACCACAACGCGGCGCGAGAAAACGAAGAGCACACCUCCAUGAAACAGCUGAUGGUGAGUGUUGAACGGGGAGAGUUCCAGCAGGAAUCUGUUCUGAAGCAGCUGGAGGUAUUACAAGAGGAAGAGAAGGAAUAUCAGCACAUUAAGGACCCUACAAAUGGCUAUUACAGUGUCAAUACCUUCAAGGAGCACCACACACCUACCAUGGCGGGCAAUCAGACCACGGAGGUGAGGAACCCCACCAACACAGGUACCCUGGGCAAGCAACGGGUACCGACAGGCAUGUCCUUCACCAACAUCUACUCCACUCUGGGAGCAGGUCCCAACCGCCUGUACGACUACAGCCAACGCUUCGUGCUGGGCAUGGGCAGCAGCUCCAUUGAGCUGUGCGAGCGGGAGUUCCAGCGCGGCUCGCUCAGCGACUCCAGCUCUUUUAUCGACACGCAGUGUGACAGCAGCGUCAGCAGCUACAGUAAGCCGGACGGCUACGUGCAGUUCGACAAAGACAGCAAGGCAUCAGCCUCCUCAUCCUCCCACUAUUCCCAGUCCUCCUCGCAGAACUCAGACCUCACCAGGCCUCUCCAGAAGCGCAUGCAGACCCACGUCUGACCUCUAGGGAGGGAGGGUGUUUGACCGGAGUGUAACAAGCAGCCAGGAUUGUAAAACUGUGAAGGAAUCAGCUCCCAGGAGCCCCUAAAGUAACAAUGUUCGGAAGUGUUUCCUAUGGAUGCAUGAAGAUGCUGGGGCUAGUGGGCUUUCGUGCACCGUGUGACUUGUUCAGACUUCUCAAUGUCCCAAAAAGUGGAUCAAGAAGCCUUAUACUUCCCUCAUGCUUAACUCAUCAACGCCCUCCUUUUUUUAAGUCGUAAUACAAAUGUGCCACAGAGAGGUUAUUUGCCAACGCAGACACUACACACGUUUGGAAUUUGAGCUCUCGGUCCUUGGUUUCUGCAGUGAGAUUGUUAGCAGAUCAAAGGGCAGGAAUACAAGGCUUGGUGUGACAAUCAGCUCCCCUGGCAUGGACCAAUUUUGCUUUUUGAAGAUUGUCAUUCAGAAAAACUGAGAUUGUUGUUAUGAGCAUUGAAGCACUCAGCACAAACUGCCUGAUAAUGAGUGCGAGCCAAUGUCCUGCUGCUCUCUUGUAGUUUGAAGCACAAAAAUGAAUGUGCAUGUGGUUUUUUGAGUUGUUAAAGCGAUAACUUUUUCCCACUCCCACCUUCCCUUCAAACAGUGUAUGUUAAGCGUGGCUUGUUGAAACUCGUCCCCUGCGUAGGUGGAAGAAAACUUUCUCCAUGUGCCCACAGACGUCUGAGACGCUGAAAAGAACGGCUGUUUUUCUCUCCACAGCUGUAUCUGGGCCACAGAGCUGUGCAGAUAAAGAGGGGCCGAGAUCUCAUUUUAAAUCCCUGAGUCAUUAUUUUUCUUUGACACUCUGCGAUAAAAGAAUAUCAGUGUACAUAUGUGACUGUAAUUUCUUUUCUAGCGUCUAAUUUCUGAUUCUGAUUUCCCUCAUGGAUGACUCUAAAUGAGACAUGAGCGCCUCUUCUUGUCCAUAUCUACUUUGCCUUGAGGGUCUGUUUGAACUGGGUCAAUACAAACUUUGACUGAGAUAGACACAUGCUAUCAGCUCCUCUGUUGAUGGGGAGCUGCGUCUGCCAUGGUGUUGCUACGCCAAAUCCAGCUACAAGGCAUGCAGCAGGAAAGCCCACAAACUACGACACGUGUUGUACUUGUGAGUUUCUCCUCUUAACACCACAGAUCAUCAACCAUAUACUUGAGGGUAUCUGCUGAAUGAAAUGUAAACAUUAUAUUUUUAGCUUCUUACCGUGUGGUUAUCCCAUCGCUAUUGUCAAUAUCACUGUGGACGCUGGAGCUUAGUGCAUCCUGACUGUAUACCUACUUGUGAACAUGUUGGUCAUCAAGAGACACGACAAGCAAAAUUUAGAAAACUGUGUUUUACUUUGCUGUCUGCUCUUCAUUUUUUAUUUUUUUUUGGCCACUGUGGAGCUGAUGGUGGCGAGCUAAUGCUUUUCAAGUGCAUCCUUUUUGUUUUGUUUCGUUCUCCACUGUAUGUGACCUAUGUGGAAUUGGAUUUAUUAUUUAAUCACUGACACUGUAUCUGUUUUAGUUGAGAGUAGAGACAGAGAGUAGUAAUUUAACUUGCAGCUACACUCAUACUUUGCGUGAAAAUUUCAAAGUGAGCCUGUUGUCGAGAGUGUCGUGUUCAUGCAUUUGUGCAUGUUGUGUGGCGGAAAACAAAGUGAUGACUGGAGAGUUUUGCCGUUUUGUAGUACAGAACACUUGGAAUUCCAAAUUCCAAAUUUGGGAAUUGCACAUAUUGUCAAGCUAAUAGGUGAAAUAUUUUAUCUUGUACCCAUGAUGCUACCACACACCUGGAUCCUACCACGUUGCUAUGAAUCUUAAGCUGUGUUUAAGCAAGCUAUGACUGAUAAGGGCAAACUAGCUUUUUUUUUUUUUUUACAGUAAAAAUAAAUCCUUUCUGUAACAGCUGCGGUUACAACAUGCACUACACUUCAUUUGAUUCCAGGAAUUAAAAGACUCGUGUCUGUGGACUUUCAAGGCCUGUUCCAGCCAUUCUUUAUAGAAUCAGUCUGUUUGUUAUUUGAUCAGUUCUUUAAUAGAAAAAGGGAAGUUUCUUGGAAAAAUAACAGCAAAUGGCUGUAAAACAGGACUCAGUGGUUCACAAUGUCAGUGUCAACUUCAUUAUAUCAAAUCAAACAUAAACAUAGAAAAAAUAUAUCUUAUCAGGUAGUUUUACUGUACAUAGUGCAGCAGUCAAUUGGGAUGAUCCUGUGUGAGCUUGAAACUAUGAAAUCUGCCUCUCAGCCCAUGAAAAAACCAAGCACGGUAUUUUUAACAAAAGCAAGUUGUUGUUGUAAGCACUUUACAUAUGAUUAUAUUCAAGGCAUUUGAAUGGGGUUUUCCACUUGAGUGGCAGUGGUUUGGACUCUAAUUUUACAAAUGGAUUGGCGCCCAUUGUACAGCUUAAGACAAAAAGCUCUGUUUCAACGCUGAUAAUCCAGCUUGGCACUUAGCAGACUGUAUAUAAAUCUCUAAUGCUGUCUUUCUCUGUAUAUAAUUUUUUCCUGGCUUUUCUUUCUUUCUCAUUCAGAUUUCACUAUAUUAGAGCUCAACAAAUCCACAUGGCAUCAAAACUGUACAGACAGACAAGCAUUUUCUCUUUGUUUCCUUUCCAAAAAUUUCAUCAACCUUGCUUGUUUCUCACAAAUUACAUGAAAGGCUUGUGUGAGCACUUUUCUCUUCCUCCAGAUCUCACAGGGAAAACUGACAUUCUGCACACCGAGCACACAUGAGGCUAUAGGAUGAGAAGCCGAGCUUAGCUGGGACAGCUUUGAAGUGAGAUGCAGUAAGAGGUUAUUAUACUUUCAGCACCUCUCAGAGAUGCCCAGAUGCCCAGAAAUAUAUUGCAUUUGCCACCAUGAUUACUGUCCAGUACGUCUGUGCCAUUUUUUUUUCUAAGCAUUUAUGAGUGCAGGAAUAAAUUCUUCACUUGAUUCAAUUAGAAUGUGAUCUAGUUUGCAAGGGACAGAUGUAGUUUUCAUUUUUGUUAUUUGCAUAUGUUAUGCAUCAUUUUACACUGAUGAUAUCAGAAUUCAAAAAUGUUCAAAACGUCAGCGCGCAUCUCCCUAAAAUCAAAACAAAUUUGCUGUCGUGUCCAGAGGGUCCUCUUCCCUCUAUCUGAUGCAGCUUCUGCACUGACCCAAACAUAAUGCUUUUUCCCAGUCCACAGAAUCUGCACACUGCACAGCAAACAGAUAAAUAUUUGAUAAGGCCGGCCUUCUGUCCCACCCCCACCCACGCCCCCCGAUGGCAGCAGCCACACUGGGCAUGAGAGAGCACUACAGGAUGUGAGUGCCAUGUCAGUCUUUGGGAAUUAAAGCCCUUGUGGGGGACAAAGUCUGCCCCGUUCACCUGUGGACGCCUCGCCGGCUGGUGCUGGUGCCGCCUGUUUGCCUGGCUACAAGCACUGCACAGCUGCCAGGGCAUAACAGAUGAAUAAACACAAAGACCCGGAACAAUUACAAGGGGUUGCUGCCCUUUCCUGAUAAAACACAGCAACCCUUUUGGAGCAGAGGAUGUAGGGUAGUCUAUUAUUCAGAGAUGCUAAAGACAGGCCUGUAAUACACUGGAUAAGAACAUUUCUAAGGUGAGAGACAGAGGUUAUGAGCUGCGUGAAGUGAAGACUUGCUGGUAGGCAUUUCUAAUGGCCUCUCUGUCCACUUGCUAUAAUAUAUUUGUUUGCUGUGCACACACACACACACACACACACACAAAAAAAUGCUUGGUCUGAAUAAAUUAGAAAAAAAAAGACAAAGAAAUUCUGAGCAUUAAUAUUAUCAAUAUCUGACCCACGCCUGGAAAGGGUUGCUUCCUAUUUGAAGUCUCCCUCUGUGUAUGAUAGGUGUUACUGUCCGUGAUGGAACACAUUAGAGAAGGUGCCAUUUGAAACAUUGAAUUGAUCAUAAUAAGCCUUUCUUAACAGUGUAAAUGCUUUCUAUCACUCUGUUUCUCUCUUUCUCACUUUUUUUUUUCCUUUUUCUACCAGUCAAUACCUUGUUAGUACUUUAAUAACAUACAAGUGUAAGGCCUGGACUAAAUAGUAUUUACAAAUAAUUCUCAGAGUGUGCUCCAUCCUGCGGGGCACAUUGUUAAUCAGCGUGGUUUGGUUUUGCAGCAGACAGUGUACAAUAAGUCACGUAAGAAAACUGAAAGAAUGACAGAAAAGCCUUCGACAGUCAAACGAGUACACUUCGCCGUGAUGGAUUGAAUUGUUCUGUACUCCAAAUAAUGCAAAAUAGUCGCAAAUACUACACAACACAGGUCUGAAAAAGAAUUUGUGUAAAUAGUGAACCAUAAACAUACAGUAAUUGUAAUAAAAAGACAACGUGUAAAUGCUUUUGGGUAAACCACUAUUUUCAGGCAGUGGCCCUCUGUAUCUAAGAAAAAAAAAUGAAAAAAGGUUGUAUUUUAACUGUACUGGUCUGUGAAUCUAUGAUGCUUUUGCUCUGUAUAUUUGGAGAAUAAAACUGAUGUUUGAGUUUGUGUUUA